UAGCCACUGAUAACCAUCAAUUUAUGAAGAAAUGACAAGUGCAAAGGAGAAAAUACGAGAUGCAUUUCAAGGAGUUGAGACAAGUUAUAUACCUAUUUGGGAUAUUAUUGAUGCAAGAUGGGGCAACCAACUUCAUAGGCCAUUGCAUGCUGCAGGCUAUUAUUUGAAUCCUCAAAUUCAUUAUAGCUCUGGUUUUAAAAUUGCUUAUGAGCUUAAGAAGCAGUUUUAUGCUUGUAUGGAAAGGAUGACAGGAAAUCCAGAUUUAAUCACUAAGAUGGAUGUUCAACUUGAAGAUUUUAAGACUUGAAAAGAGUUUUUUGGUAGUAAAGUAGCUCAAAAUGUAAUUUAUACUAAAACUCCAGCUCAAUGGUGGGAUUCUUAUGGAGAUCAGCAUCCAGAACUCCAACAAUUUGCAAUUCGUGUCUUGAAUUUGACAUGUAGUUCAUCUGGAUGUGAACGUAAUUGGAGCGCUUUUGAGAUGGUUAGUAAUUAAAUAUAAGUUGCAUUUUACUUUUAUAAAUUUGGUUGUUAAUUCUUCAAUUCUAUCUUGUUGUUUGACUAAUGUCUAAUAUUUUUUAUCUACUUUUGAAAGGUUCACACGAAAAGGAGAAACCGUUUGAAAGCUAAAACCAUGAAUGAUGUUGUGUUUGUGAUGACAAACUCAAGAUUAGCAAAGAAAAAACAAACUAGAAGAAGUCUUGAUUAUGACUAUAGUCUUGAUGAGUUGGACUCUGAUGAAGAGUGGAUUGUUGCUGACGAAGAUGGAGAAGAAGAAGAUUUAGGUGCUCUAAUUUCAGAUCCUGAUUUAAAUGAUGGAGCAAGUGGUAAUAGAGUUGUUGGUGCCUCUAAGGAUCCUUUGGCAAUUCCUUAUCUCGAUGAUGAUGAGUUUGAAGAACUUCUCCAAGGACCUCUUCCUCCCGCUCCUGAUAAUGAUGAAGAUGGUAAUGCAGAAGUUUGUGAAACUCGUGAAGAUUUUAUGACUGAUGAAGAAUAGAAU